AUGGCCACCGCUCAGCCUAGGGUAUGGGUCUUCGGCAAGGGCUACAGCGCUGGAGACAAGUCUCUGAAGCAACUGCUCGGCGGGAAGGGUGCUAACCUUGCCGAGAUGUCUCGCAUCGGCCUCUCGGUGCCUCCUGGCCUGACCGUCACCACCGAGGCCUGCGAAGACUUCCACAAGAGCGGCGGAAAGCUCACCGAUGAGUUGUGGCAGGAGAUUCUCGACGGCAUGAAGACCGUUGAGAAGAACACCGGCUUCGAGUUCGGCAACCCCGAGAAUCCUCUUCUCGUGUCUGUCCGCUCUGGUGCUGCUGUCUCCAUGCCUGGUAUGAUGGACACCGUGCUCAACUUGGGUCUUAACGACACGGUCGUCGAAGGCCUCGCGAAGAAGAGUAACGAGCGAUUCGCGUAUGACUCGUACCGUCGCUUCAUCGACAUGUUCGGCGACGUCGUGAUGAACGUGUCGCACUCUCUCUUCGAGGCGGAACUCUCGGCGCUCAAGAAGGCCAAGGGUGUCAAGGUCGACACGGAGCUCGACAAUGAGGACCUCAAGACGCUCGUUGCCAAGUACAAGGAGGUUUACCGGAAGGCCACUGGGAAGGACUUCCCUUCCGACCCCAAGGAGCAGCUGAAGUACUCGGUGAUGGCUGUGUUCAACUCGUGGAACAGCGGCCGCGCCAUCAAGUACCGCACGAUUAACAAGAUCUCGGGUCUCAAGGGCACGGCCGUGAACGUGCAGGCCAUGGUGUUCGGCAACAUGGGCGACAACUCCGGCACCGGCGUGCUCUUCACCCGCAGCCCGUCCAACGGCGAGCGCAAGCUGUACGGCGAGUACCUCAUCAACGCGCAGGGCGAGGACGUGGUGGCGGGCAUCCGCACCCCCGAGGACAUCGACACGAUGAAGAAGGUGCUCCCCAAGGCGUACGAGGAGCUCUGCAAGAACUGCGAGAUUCUGGAGAAGGAGUUCAAGGAGAUGCAGGACAUCGAGUUCACGGUGCAGGAGGGCGCGCUCUGGAUGCUCCAGUGCCGCACGGGCAAACGUACCGGCCUCGCCGCCGUGAAGAUCGCCGUCGACAUGGUUGCUGAGGGUCUCGUGACUCCCCAGCAGGCCAUCCUGAUGGUGGAGCCCCGCCACCUGGACCAGCUGCUGCACCCCCAGUUCGCCGACCCCAAGGCGUACAAGACCGACGUGCUCGGCACCGGCCUGCCCGCCUCCCCCGGCGCCGCUGUCGGGCAGGUGGUGUUCCACCCCGAGGAUGCCGAGGCGUGGAAGGCGCAGGGCAAGGACACCAUCCUGGUGCGCAUGGAGACCUCCCCCGAGGACGUCGGCGGCAUGCACGCCGCCUCCGGUAUCCUCACCGCGCGCGGCGGUAUGACUUCCCACGCCGCCGUGGUGGCGCGCGGGUGGGGCAAGUGCUGCAUUGCUGGGUGCUCGGAGCUGCACAUCGACGAGACGCACCGCACCAUGGAGCUGGGCGGCAAGAAGCUCAAGGAGGGCGACUGGAUCUCGCUCAACGGCACCACCGGCGAGGUCAUCUCCGGCCAGCAGAAGCUGUCGCCGCCGUCCAUCAGCGGCGACCUGGGCACGUUCAUGAAGUGGGUGGACGACACCAGGCAGCUCCGCGUCAUGGCCAACGCUGACACCCCCGAGGACGCCACGGCCGCCAGGGAGAAGGGCGCUCAGGGCAUUGGCCUCUGCCGCACGGAGCACAUGUUCUUCGCGACGGAGGAGCGCAUCAUGAAGGUGCGCGAGAUGAUUCUCGCCACCAACCCCGAGCAGCGGCACGCGGCGAUCGACCAGCUGCUGCCGUACCAGCGGUCGGACUUCGAGGGCAUCUUCCGCUCCAUGGACGGGCUGCCCGUCACCAUCCGCCUGCUCGACCCGCCGCUGCACGAGUUCCUGCCCAACAUCCACGGCGCGGACCACGUGCACGCGGACCACGUGGUGGACGAGCUCGUGCGCGACGUGGGCGUGAAGAAGGAGGACGUGCUCAACCGCAUCGAGGAGCUGCAGGAGGUCAACCCCAUGCUCGGCUUCCGCGGCUGCCGGCUGGGCAUCGGGUACGAGGACCUGUCGGAGAUGCAGGUGCGCGCCAUCUUCGAGGCGGCGAGCGCGGUGCAGAAGGAGGGCAAGGUGGUGCACCCCGAGAUCAUGGUGCCGCUCGUCGGAACCACCCAGGAGUUCGAGCACCAGGAGGCGAUUAUCCGCAAGGUCAUUGCCGAUGUGGCCGUGAGGACCGGCGUGACCGUGCCCUUCAAGGUGGGCACCAUGAUUGAGGUGCCCCGCGCGGCCCUCAUCGCGGACCAGAUCGCAGAGCGCGCCGAGUUCUUCUCCUUCGGCACCAACGACCUGACGCAGAUGACGUUCGGCUACUCGCGCGACGACGUGUCCAAGUUCCUGCCCAAGUACCUGGAGCUCGGCAUUCUCCAGAACGACCCCUUCGAGGUGCUCGACCAGGCCGGUGUCGGCCAGCUCAUCAAGAUGGCUGUGGAGCGCGGCCGCGCCGCGCGCCCCGACCUGCUGGUGGGUGUGUGCGGUGAGCAAGGCGGCGAGGCGUCGUCCGUGGAGUUCUUCGCCAAGUGCGGCCUCAACUACGUCUCCUGCUCGCCCUUCCGUGUGCCCAUCGCCCGGCUGGCUGCUGCCCAGGCAGUUGUGAGGGCCGCUCUUGCCAAGAAGUAA